AUGACGUCAUCUUCACCGUCUCCACAAGCUUCAAUGCUUUUAUACUGGCACGAGAACCAAUACGACGACCGUAACAUCCAAAUUCACGGCCGAACAAUCUUCUUCGCCAUGGCUUUAUUCUCCGUCGUCAUCUUCUUCGCUUUACUCACUCUAUACAUCCACCGGUGCUGCCUCCGCCGCGAUUCCAUCGACCUCCACGCGCCGCCUUCUCCUCUCACGCGGUGCGUUAGCGGAGGAGGGCUUGAUCCGGCUGUGAUUCGAAGCUUACCGGUGGUUCUUUGCCGGAGAGAAGCGGCGGAGCAAGAGGAGGAGAGAGAGUGUUGUAUAUGUUUAGGUGGUUUCGAGGAAGGAGAGAAGAUGAAAGUGCUUCCUACGUGUCACCAUUGUUACCACUGCGAAUGUGUGGAUCGGUGGCUUAAGACCGAGUCGAGUUGUCCGCUCUGCCGUGUCUCCAUACGAGUCGACUCGCCCGUGUCGUUGCCAAUGCAUUGA